CUCCCUCAGAGAAACAAAAAAAAAAAAUCAACCCAGAGCCCAUUCGCCGGCGAGCGGCGGCGAUGGAGGAAGAGAAGGCGGCGGCGUACUACGAGGAGCUCAACCGCAAGGGCGAGGGCGCCCGCCGAUUCAAGCAGGGCCUCGGCUUCUCCUCCGGCGAACCCCAGCCUGCCGCCUUCACAUCCAAGCCCACCACCUCCUCCUCGUUCCUCUCCGGCUUCGUCCGCGCCGGCGCUGCCCCCGCCCAACUCCCUAAGCCCACCAGACCGCCUCCGCCUCCCGAGGCCGCUCCCCGCCAGCGCCGUCGCUCUCGCUCCCCGUCCCCGUCUCGCUCGCGGCGGCGCCGGUCAAGGUCUAGGUCCCGGUCCAGGGAGCCGAGGCGCCGGUCCAGGUCACGGGAGAGGGAGGACCGCCGGGCGUCGCGCUACCGUUCUCGCUCUCGGUCGCCUUCUCGCCGGAGUGGCAGGCACGAUGAAGCUCGGCGGGACCGGCAUGGGGAUCGGCGGCGCGACGACGACCGCCGUCAGGAGGGGCACGGUGGCAGGGGUGGUGGCAAAGUGGACUACUCGCGGAUGAUUCAAGGAUACGAUAAAAUGACCCCUGCCGAGAGAGUGAAAGCGAAGAUGAAGCUUCAGCUUUCAGAGACAGCUUCAAAAGAUUCCACCCUUGGAACUGCCACUGUAGGGUGGGGGAGAUUUGAGUUCAAUAAGGAUGCGCCACUUGAUGAAGUUGACAAUGAUGUCGAAGGUGCUAAUGAUGACGCUUCACUGGUUAAACACAUAGGGAAGAGCUUCCGACUUUCUGCGUUGGAGUCAAAGAAUGAAAACACAGUCAGAGAUGCGCAUGAUGAGGCUAUGUUUGGUGUACCUAUGUCUUCGAAUCUUGAUACUCAAGCUUCUGAGGAUGAGCUUAAAACCAAUGAUGACGAGGGCAAGAAAGCUAGGGAUGUUGAUGAUCAAUCUGGAAGUUCCCUUAUUAGCCCUGAAGUCCUGGCAAUGCAAAAAGGGUCGUGGAGAGACAGGAUUCAGAAGCUGCGGCAGAAUUCAAAUACAUGAAGUUGGUCCUUCCUAGAAUGUCUAAUACUGUGUAUUUCCACAUCACAUUGUAUGUACCUGCUGUAAUAUUAGGCGCCAUUGUGUUCAGUAAUUAGAAUUGUGAAUUUAAAGGUUGGAUCCAUUAGGUGGAUGAUUUUGCAUUACUAAGUUUAUUUAGGUAAGAUAUGUUGAGCAAACCGAUCAUUGAAAGUAUGACUGCUGUUCUUUUUUACUGAAAUUGGUUAUUCUGAGUA